UGCUUGCUUCACUCAUAAGAAACCUGUAGUUUCAUUGUUUAAUUCUUUGCAAGUUCAAGAGUUUUUAUUUUGUUUCCUUAUUAUCGGCUUCGUCAACUGAUUUUACAGACGCUUACUAGAGAGGUGAAAUGAUGGAGAAGAAAGUAGCGAAAACGAAAACUGAAGAAGGAUUAGUAAUUCCUGGUAGAAGCUUUGUAGAUUUGGUGUUCUCUUGGUCUAUCGAGCAUGUACUCAACAAAGAUCUUUACAAAAACCAGGUGAAGAAGAUACCGGAGACAUUCAUGUCAACGACACAUUACAUGAAGUCAUUCAUUCCUGCGCUAAUCGAGGAAACUCGUGCUGACUUAUGCUCAAACAUGACAAUGGUCUCCCAAGCACCUAAAAGAGAAAUCUUUUCACUGGGAAUAGCUAAAGAGAAUAAGCCUCCGAAAGACUUGUUUUAUAAGAUCUGGUUUGAAAAAAUGAGAAACAAUGUGAAUGGGGAAGGAAUAUAUGAGCCUGGGGUUGGAGAUCUCCUUGCUUUGACAGAUGUAAGACCGAAAGACAUUGAUGAUCUGAACAGGCCUGGGUUUAACUAUCUUCUUGCAUAUGUUCAUGGACUAUCUAUAGCGAAAGAUGAUAACGAUAAAUAUGACAUUUUGUCAAUUCUCACAUCCAAACCCAUUCAAUUUGAAUUAGAAGAAAGGGAAAAUAAAAAGGAGUCUGUCAUUGCUGGAAAAGGAAGGCGAAAGAACAUGAAAGCUAAUCUCUUUGUUGUUUACCUAGUGAACAUGAUGACAAAUAUUCGUACAUGGAGAUCAUUGAACUCAGAGCUGGAAGGAGGGAACAUGAACGUUAUCCAGAAUGUGCUUCAUACUAGCUCAGCUGAUGGCCAAGAUUGCACUCACUGCUUAUCUGAAGUGAAUAGAAGUGCUACACUUUCUGGUAUGGAAGAAACCACAAUCAACUCUUCCAAUUUAAAUGGCUCACAGCAAGAUGCAAUUGUAAGCUGCAUUGGUCUGAGUGAAUGCCAUCAUCAAAGUACUGUCAAAUUAAUUUGGGGCCCUCCGGGGACGGGCAAAACAAAGAUGGUUGGUUUAUUAUUGUUUUCUCUACUUAAGUUGAAGUGCAGGACCCUUACAUGUGCUCCAACCAAUAUUGCUGUGUUGGAAGUAACAUCGAGACUCCUAAGGCAAGUUAGGCAAGAUACAGGCUCUGUUGAAUAUGACACUUACGGACUUGGAGAUAUAGUUCUCUAUGGGAACGGAAAGCGAAUGAAGAUCUCUGAGAAUCAUGAUCUAGAAGAUAUAUUUCUUGACAAUCGUGUCGAAGCACUUUAUCAUUGCUUUAACCCGUCAACUGGCUGGAAGCACACUCUAGGCUCAUUGAUAACUUUGCUUGAAGAUCCUGAGCGUCAGUACCGCCGAUACUUGGAAAGUAAGGAUGGAAUGCAUGGAUUUGAGGAGAUAAACACCAACAAAGGGAAAGAUGAAGUGGUCAACGAUCAAGAAAAAAAGGGCAGGAACAGCAGGAAAGUUUUGAAGAAAGCUCUUAUUCAGGCCUUGAAAGAUAACAAGACAAAGGAAAAACAGAAACAAAAUAAAGAUGGCAAGGUAAAGAAGGAAGUUAUUCUCUCUUUCGAGGAAUUCGUAAAGGAUAGUUUCGAAUUCCUUAGCGCGAAGUUGGAUGUUUUAAUUGUAGAUUUGUAUACGCACUUGCCAACAUUUAUCAUUUCAUUAGAAGUGGUGAAGAACAUGAUCAGAGCACUUGGUUCACUCAAGUGCUUCAAACCCUUGCUGUGUAGUGUUAGUGUUGGAGAUGAAGGUCUAAAACAAGUCCUCAGUGAUUUUGAAAAUGAAGGAAGCGGCGCUGGUCAAUUUUCACGGUUGACCUUUAUGAGAAAAUAUUGUGUUCAGACACUGAAUUCACUUCCUCGAGUAUUUGACAUUCCCAAUAUUUUUGAAGUUGAAGGUAUAGCAGCAAGAAACUUUUGCUUGGGAAAUGCGUGUCUGGUUUUCUGUACUGCUUCAAGCUCUGCCAAGUUGCACACAGAAGGAGCAAAACCGAUAAAAUUGUUGGUUAUUGAUGAAGCUGCCCAGCUUAAAGAAUGUGAAUCGACUAUUCCAUUGCAACUUUCUGGUCUUCGCCAUGCCAUUCUUAUAGGUGACGAGCGCCAACUUCCUGCCAUGGUUCAAAGCAAGAUUUCUGAGGAAGCUGAAUUCGGGAGGAGUUUGUUUGAGAGAUUGGUAAUACUGGAACACGAGAAACACCUUCUUAAUACGCAGUAUAGGAUGCACCCAUCUAUAAGCUUAUUCCCAAAUAAAGAGUUCUAUGAUAUGCUAAUUCAGGAUGCUCCAAAUGUCAAAGAAAGAAACUAUCAGAAACAAUUCCUUCAAGGCAAUAUGUAUGGCCCUUACUCAUUUAUUAAUGUAGCCAAUGGGAAAGAGCAAUCCAAUGACGGCCGCAGCAAGAAAAAUUUGGUGGAGGUUGCUGUAGUUUCAGCAAUAGUUGCAAGCCUUUUUAAAGAAUUUGAAAGGGCAAGAAAGAGGAUGAGCAUAGGAGUCAUAUCACCAUACAAUGCUCAAGUGCAUGCAAUUCAAGAAAAAAUUGGAAAUACUUACAGUGCAUUUAGUGACUUUGCUGUAAAUGUUCGGUCUGUGGAUGGAUUUCAAGGCAGCGAGGAGGAUGUUAUCAUUAUCUCUACAGUCAGAUGCAAUGCAAGUGGAUCAGUGGGUUUUCUUUCCAAUCGCCAAAGGGCAAAUGUUGCGCUGACCCGUGCACGGUACUGCCUCUGGAUACUGGGAAAUGGAGCAACUCUUGUCAACAGUGGCUCUAUUUGGAAGAAAUUGGUUACCGACGCGAAGGAACGAGGAUGUUUCUACAAUGCUGAUGAGGAUAAAAGCUUGUCCAAGGCAAUAAUGGAUGCCUUGUUAGAGUUGGACCAACUUGAUGAUUUGUUGAAUGGCAAUUUUCGACUUUUCAGAAAUGCAAGAUGGAAGCUUUGCUUCAGUAACAACUUUCGGAAAUCUAUUACGAAAGUGGGAAAUGAGGCUCGUCAGGAAGUGAUUUCUUUGUUGGCAAAGCUUUCAAGUGGCUGGCGUCAAUCUCCUGAAGAGAGAAACAUCAUUGUCCUACACGGAACUUCUUCUGAACUGUUAGAAAAUUACAGAGUCAAUGACCAGCUCAGUCUCAUUUGGACAGUGGAUAUAAUCAAGGAAAACAAAAACGACAAUCAAAUUCUUAAGGUUUGGGAUGUUUUACCAUUACGUGAUUUACCGAAACUAGCAAGGAGCCUCGAUGCUGUCUUUGGGAAUUAUACAGUGAAUAAGAUGAACCGCUGCAGACACAAAUGCACAGAAGGGAAUUUGGUUGUUCCAAUGAGAUGGACAGUGGACUCGUCUAGUGAUCAUCAGGACAGCUGUGGCGAAGCCGAUGCUGUGCAGUUGCCGAAAUCACUUGCAUCACCCUGUCUAGACAAUGGACAGUGGACUCGUCUAGUGAUCAUCGAGUAAAGCUGCCAGAAAACAAUGGAGGCUCAGAAGGAAUUAGCAGAAGCGAUGUUGUCGAUCAGAAUGAUCACUAUUGGGGUCAGAUUCUUUCCUCGUCAAGAACCAAAUUACAACUCCAAUCCAAAGAAAUAGAAGUUCUUGAAGGGCAAGGACAUUGAUGCCUCUUUUACAUUUCCAGCUUCUAGCCAGAGAAUUUCUCCCUAGGCCUUUGAAACUCAUAAACGUAUCAUUACAGUAAUUUCUGAUUUUAGAUUUCUUCAAAUAAUAAUAAUAAUAAAGUUUGGAUUUCUUAA